AUGCUAGGAGACAACGAUGAUCCUUACAUUGAUUCUUCUAUUUCAGGGACCAAGCGCUCCUGGGAAGCCGUAGGCCAAUGGGGAGAAUCUAGCGUUGACUCGACCACGGCAGUUCUAUAUCCUCAUAAGAGAACACAGCCGAUUCACGAACCGGAUGUGCCAUGGACUGCUUCAAAUCAACAUAUUUAUGCUAAUAGUGUAGAUAACAACAUCGGGGCGGAAGUCAACGGGAUAAGUGACUUCGAGGACGAAAGACAGAUACGACUGGAAAACGAGACUCGAGACAGUACCUUUUCCACAAUAUGCUCCACCGUACCUUUCGAUGUUACUAAAGGCGAUCUUGUCGCGAUUGGAAAAAGCCUCGACAUAUCUUCGUAUGAUACUUGCUUUGGAAUGAUUAUCCUUGAAGACUUCCAACUUAAGAACAACUUCAUCACGGAGAAAGGAGCAAAAGACGUGAAACUUGAAGUGUGCGGUACUAUGAUAAUAGUUCGAGAUGAGAGUUCAAACUCGUACGGAGGGCUUCUUGAUCAGAUAUUGGCCCAAACAUUGGUUAAUCUGGUGAAGAACUACAACGUAGAACUCAAAGCAUCAUUGAAGACCUCCAAAAUCAUCGAGUUUCAAGAAACGCCCGAACCGUCCCCAUCGCGAUAUUCCAUUCUGAAUGAAAGCGACAAGAGUAAAGCCAACGAGUUGCUAGACUGCGCGAUUGGGCCCACCAACUUCAGGAGGGUACAAACCUCAAGGGUUAUUACGACAGAACUAAAGCCGUAUCAAAGUAAAGCUCUCGCUAUGAUGAUGGAGAAGGAGUCAGGAGAUAUUCGCAAUGCGGAGUUCCCUUCUAUUUGGGUUGAAAAGACCGACGCGGCGUCUGCUUACUCUAGAUUCUAUAAUACGGUGACUCAAAGAUACGUUACCCAAAGGCCGAAGCUCUGUCUUGGCGGUCUUCUUGCGGAUGAAAUGGGGCUCGGUAAAACCCUUACGACCUUGGCUCUAAUCGCAACGUCUCUAAAUAAGGAAAAUCAUGAUGACCGUUGUCAGGGGCCCUAUAUAAAUCUAGUAGUCUGCCCCUUGUCAAUUAUUACCUGUUGGCAAGACCAAAUAGAAAAACAUUUCAAGACAGGGUCCCUGAGUUAUAGCAUCUACCAUGGAGCAGCGAGAGACAAGGUUGCUACAGCUCUUGAAAGAGUCGAUAUCGUCCUUACGACAUAUGAGACUCUUAGGUCCGAAUUGCCAAGUGGAAAUGCCUCGAUCAGGCGAUCUGGGCUCCUCCAUGGUAUUGUCUGGCACCGUGUUGUCCUCGAUGAGGCACAUAUUGUGAGGAACCGUGCUUCGAAGACGUUUCAAGCGGUGAGAAUGCUCAAAGCCAAGCAUCGGUGGUGUUUAACGGGAACACCUAUCCAUAACCGCCUAGAGGAUCUAGGUGCUCUUAUCGAAUUUUUAAGGGUCGAUCCGUUUAAUGAUCCCGAUAUAUUUCAGCACACGUUCUUAGCCCCGAUCGCUAAAGGACAGCAAGGUGGGUGGGAGCGCCUUAGGUCAAUGAUAAAAUCAAUCGCCCUCCGCCGAACGAAAGAAGCAGUUGAUGGCGACAUCAGCCUCCCUCCUCGGAGAGACCUCAUCCACUGGGUUCACUUGAAUGAUGAGGAGCAGGCACUCUACAACUUGGUCAAAAGGGGCUUCGCGCUAGCCAUCGAGUUGGGAGGGGGAAUCAUGAAUACGUUUCAGUUUAUUCUCCGGCUUCGGCAGAUUUGUAACCACGGUAGCGACUUACUUCCUGGAGAUCUGCAAGAUUGGCUUAAAGACGCUACCUGCUCUCAGUCCCAGGGGUGCGAAUUUUGUGGCAAAUUUCUUGACCACGAAGACGAAUUAUCCUAUCAUGUAUUUUCAUGUUUCCAUCAGGUAUGCCGGGUAUGUCUUCAAAAUAGCGGCGCCUAUGAUGAUAGCAGUCAUUUUACCUGCCCUCUAUGUAAUGACACUGCCUUGGAGGGGGAUGAGAGCAUGAAAUCGACGAGAGGCUCCGAAGGCUCUAAAGUCCGACCACUGACAUAUCAGCUUUCAUCGAAAGUGAAGGCUUUACUACAAAACCUACAUGACGAUCAUACAGUGGCAAUUGCAUCUAACCAGCGACCAGCCAAGAGUAUCAUAUUCUCGAUAUGGACAGGCAUGUUGGAUCUCGUCGGCAGAGCGCUAUCUCUGAACUCUUUUACGUACCAAAGGCUUGACGGUAGUAAGAGCCUAGCACAGAGGCGCUAUGCACUUGAAGAGUUCCGCACCAACGAGGACUGCAAUACAUUGCUCGCUUCGUUGGGAAGCGCCGCGGUCGGACUUGACCUAACCAUGGCUAGCCGCGUCCACUUAAUGGAACCUGGAUGGAAUCCUUUGAUAGAACAGCAAGCCAUGGACCGCGUCUAUCGUUUAGGACAGAAGAACGAAGUUAUAACCACGCGCUAUAUUGUGUCUGGCUCGGAUUCCAUAGAACAGGCAAGUCUGUAA